AGAUUAUUUAUUUUAGCAGUAAUUUUGCGUUAUAUACAGUAUGAUAUAUCAUAAAAUGCAGUAAAACGUACUUAUACAGAAUUAUAAAAGCAAAUAAAGAAAAAUGCGUAAAAACCGUGAUUAGACUAUAAAAAGGUGAAAUGAUAUAAAAAAUCAAAAAAAGUAUGCUAUUCUUCUUUUUGUUUUUUUUCUCGUUAAUUUUGCUUUUCUUAUGGAAUUUCUCGAUUUUCUGGGGGGUUUUUAUCUUCCUGAUCUAUCAACAGUACCGCGAUUCUUCAUCGACAACCCAUAAAGUCCAUGACCUCGUUCUUGCCUCUUCUAAAGUAUCUCCGAGUGGCCAAAAAACGCCAGACAUCAUAUCUGACAUAAAACGCGACCAUAGCAAUCUAAAAAGAUCAUUCCGUGUUCACGCUCUCCAAUAAGUAUAAUAUGGUUAAAGUCAAAUUCUUGAACCACAUCGACAUAAGUUUCCAAAUCUGAUCCAAUUAAGAUUUGUUACUUUGGAGUGUCACGCCUGUCACGGCCAACGUAGGAUGCAAAAUGAUCACGUUCAUAUUCGUUUACGAUCACUUCGAUUACCAUUGGUGAACAGUUGCGACUCCCCUAAGGGUUUGAGUCAUAGGUCCUUGACUUCCAUCAUUUCUAACGUGAAUGUAAUGUGUGGGAAUACAAAUUUACAUGAUUGCCAUUUAAUAGAGCUUCCCACGGGAGAUAUUCGGAGCAAUUGCCCAAGGGCAAGGGGUAUUGCGUCGAGACCUGUUCUAUUGCGACAG